AUGUCUUCCGAAAAGAAGGAUAAGCUCGAGCCGCAAAUCAAGUCCGUCGAUAUGACGGAGGAUAUGCAGCAGGAAGCUGUCGAAGUUGCGAUCGAGGCAAUGGAGAAGUACCACAUUGAGAAGGACAUUGCCCAGUAUAUCAAGCGAGAGUUUGACUCGCGCAAAGGAGCUACAUGGCAUUGUGUCGUUGGGAGGAAUUUCGGAAGCUUUGUUACACACGAGACGAAACACUUCAUUUACUUCUACCUCGGACACUGCGCCAUUCUUCUCUUCAAGACUCAAUAA